GCAAGAUGGCGAUGCCCAGGAGGAUACACAUGAUUACGUCUUGUUGACAUACGUCGCGAUUGUGUAAUUUCGCGCCACGGGACAAGAACUAUAUACUAAAUUUAUUUUCGUAAUGUCAGACUUCAUAGAAUCAAGCUGUCAUUCCAGCAGAGAUGCAUCGUGUGAUGUCAAACCGAGGCACGUGAGAUGUUUGAAAUUCGGGAAAUCGAUCCUCGAGCUCGACGUUGUGGAGCAGCGUCCCACCUCGGAUCGCGUCCUUGUGAUUGAUCAGAAUAUCGCUUACAUACCAUGCACGGAGAAGAGGGACUACGUGCGCACGUGGCUCGAAACUCAAGGACCGAACAACGAAAUAUCCAGCAAAGAUUUGUCCCAAUCGUCCCCCGUUCUUGGAACAUCGUCGACUACCUCCACGAGUUCGCCGAUACUCGUCAGCAGCAGGAAGCGACCUAGGAAAAAGAUCGGUAUAAAUAGACAUGCUAGAGUGAAAACAGUGGAUAAUGUGGAUUCCCGGGAAAACGCAGGUCACCCUGCAGACUGUACGAUGCAAUCUGGACUGGACUAUAAACAUGAAGAGAGGAACGAGAGCCAACAGGAGAGUUUAAGUGAGAUUCAGUGCACACCACCUUGUGCAGAGAAGAUUGAUAAGACCUCUCCUGUCCUUGACACACAUUGUAGGAAGAAACGAAGAAAAUUGCAGAAUGGACCGAAUGGCAUUUCUCCAAAAUGUUUAAAGUUACGCAAUAAAGUCACAAAUGUAAAUCCAAUAAUAGAACUUGAUAAUAAUCAUAGUAUUCUGAGAAAGAUAUCUACGGAUUAUGAUAAGUUGGAUGACACAGUUAAAACAGAUAUCUUCUUAAAUGAAGCAAAAAGAAAUUUAGAAAAAAAUAAACAGACAUUUCUAUCAUUAAAUAUACAAGAUCGAUCAAACGAAGACAGUUCAAGUGAUAACACUGAUAAGAAUAUUCUUAAUAUAGAUAUAAAUACGAGCAAUGAUAGUCAAGAUAAUGAAGAUAAUCAACUUUCCAACACACAAAGCAGUAGCAAAUAUAAUCUGAGCAAUUUAAUAGAGGAUAUUGAUACACAAGAAACUACACAACAAACAUCUCGGCUUUUAUUAAGUCUCAAUAAGUCUUUGAUUCCUUCGAGACAAUCAUUCUUACAAUUACCUGCCGAUGACUUGGACAAAACUUAUUCUUCAGAAACUGAAGUGAUACAAUAUGAAAAUACACCAUUGUCUGCGAAGAUCUCGCAGAUACCAUCUUUCAAUAGAACAACCCAGAAGACAGACAGCAAGUCAAUUCAAACUGAUGCCAUUAUUAGUACUAUAACUACUCCAUCGAAGAAGUCUCCAGACAGAAGUAUAUAUGCGCAUCUAUUAGACUCUGGAAAAAAACGUCGCAAGCCUAAAAAAGGAAGCAUGGUUACAAAACUACAGUCUUUGGUUAAUGCACAAAUAUCUGGAAUUCGUAUAUGGCGUCAUCGAAUGAAUAAGGAGCAUGAUGAUGCUACAUCAUCACGAUUUAUCAGCGUAUUUGUGCACAAGUCUUUAAAGCAAUUUGGUAAUCAGUUUUUGGAAGGUUCCCUGAUUAAAGAUCCUUUUAAUCUCUUGCAAUGUGACGUAGAGAUCGAAGAGGCGGAAUCGAACAAUGUUCAAGCACAUCCAAAGGAACUCUUGCAUAGAGAUAUAACAAUUAUGUUAGUCUGUGAUAUAGUCGGUACAUUAAAAAUGAUAAUGUCGAUAGCUCAAGAUCGACCCGAAUUAUAUGAGGAAGUUAAGCUCUACAAAAAUGCCCGAGAAAGAGAGAAGCAUGAUAAUCAAGCGGAUUUGUAUGCUGUGGUGAAUACGUUGCAACAUUUGGAAAAGGCUUACAUCAGGGAUUGCGUGACACCAAAGGAAUAUACAGCGGCAUGCAGCAAAUUGUUAGUGCAAUAUAGAGCAGCAUUUAAACAGGUACAAAGCGAUCAGUUUCCGACAAUUGAUUCUUUCACCAGAGCAUUCCGAUUAGAUUGUCCAGCUGCACUCGAAAGAAUCAAAGAGGACAGACCGAUUACGAUAAAAGAUGACAAAGGCAACACCUCCAAAUGCAUUGCAGACAUUGUUUCAUUAUUUAUCACGCUUAUGGAUAAACUACGAUUGGAAAUUAAAGCUAUGGAUCAGUUACAUCCAGAUUUAAGGGAUCUCAUGGACACUAUGAAUCGUCUUAGUAUAUUACCAAGCGAUUUUGAUGGUAAAGAAAAAGUUUCAGAAUGGUUACAGACUCUCGACAAUAUGUCCGCCUCGGAUGAAUUAUCCGAUACUCAGGUCAGACAAUUGAUAUUUGAUCUUGAGACAUCCUAUAAUGCAUUUAACAAGAUACUUCAUAAUUCUUAAUUUUAUUUAAACACUUUUGCUGAAUUAAUCUAUAAUACAAGUCUUGAUAUGCAUAUCUGUUUUUUUUUGUUUUUUUUAUAGACUAACAGAGUAGAAUAUAUAAUUCAAAGCUAUGUCUAUAGAUACUGUUCAAAAUUACUCAUUAAUUUCAUUGCAACAUAUUGAUAAGUGCAUUGAGAUUUUUAUUAUAGAGAUAGUAUUACAAUACUUUAUUGAAAAUUGCAAUGUGUCUGUAGUAUUUAUAAUGAAAUUAUUUUCUCGAUAAACAACGGCUUGCCAUCAUACAUCACUCACUCAUUUUACAUCGUUCCUUGAACUAUAUAUACGGUUCGCAAUAUUUGAAAAAUCCUUGCAUAUAUAUUUUAUCGUUAAGGGGAACUAAAUAUAUGUAUAUAUACAAAUAUAAAAUAGCUACACAGAGAAUGAACUAUUUUAUAUGGGAUUCUUUGUAAACAGUGAAUUACAAAGCGAUGUUUUUGCGUCAUGUAUAUUAUCGGUUAACUUAAUAAAAACGCAUACUAGAUAAUAAAAAUAUCUAAAACAUUUUA